UGUCCAGAGUAAGACUGUCUCUUUAAAAACCGACAGGCCAACUUUGAUGGUUCCCUAUUUUUAUUGGUGUAUAUUCUUACACACGGGUUUCUAUUGGCUUGUUAUUAUGUCAGUGUCGAUGACGACACUCCGAGGGCUUCCUUGAAACGCCCCCCAUAGGUUGGGACUUGUAAAAGGCAGACGGUGUGUGGGUCUUUGAACGGGAAAUGGAGACGUGAAAUAGGCUGCAUAUUUUUACAGCAUUGUAACACAAAUAUAGAAAACAUGAAAGCUACCACUCUCGCAUUCUUCGGUUGUGCGUUAGGGGUUUUGGGAAUGGGGCUUCGGGAGUUACUUCUGGGUUACGAGGAAAACAGGUGUAGCAUGACAUACAUGUUCGAGUACCCAGAAUACCGGCGUGUUCAGCUUUCUCGACGAGUGUCCCGUCAGUACCCAGCCUAUGGCCUCUACCUGUACGGAGAGGGCGUGUACGCACAGGAGACCAAGGGCCUCAAGCUCAGUGGAGCACCGGUCCUGUUCUUGCCAGGGAACGCUGGCAGUUACAAACAAGCUCGUUCCCUGGGCUCGGUGGCGUUGCGUAAGGCAGAGGGUCUGGAGAGUGGCGUCCAUUUUAACGUCUUCACAAUAGAUUUCAACGAGGAGCUGGUGGCCUUGUACGGAGGCAGCCUGCUCAGACAGACGCGCUUCCUGCACGAGAGCAUCAAGGCCAUACUACGACUAUACAAGGACCUGCCCGACCGGCCGAGCAGUGUGGUGCUGGUGGGACACUCCAUGGGGGGUGUGGUGGCCCGGGCCCUAUACACCCUGCCCCGCUUCAACCCUCACCUGGUCAGCCUCAUCAUCACCCAGGCCUCCCCUCACCAGGCUCCCGUGCUGCCUCUCGACCCCUACCUUCUAGACUUCUACUCGGCUGUCAGGCGGCGAUGGGUGGGCGGGGCACAGGACCUGCGCAAUGUGACGGUGCUCUCUGUCGGAGGUGGUUACCGUGACUACCAGGUGCGCUCUGGCCUGACUGCCCUCCGCUGCCCUGUGCCCGACCCCAACAAGCUGUCCAUGGUGGCCACUGCUGUACCGAGGACGUGGGUGUCAACGGAUCACCUGUCAAUAGUCUGGUGUAAGGAGCUGGUUCUGGCCACGGUGAGAGCGUUAUUUGACCUCAUCGAACCAGAGACCGGACAGUUCACGGAUGAUCAGGAGAAGAGGAUGUCCGUUCUCAACUAUCACUUCAUCAGACACCCUGUGCAGAUGCCCGAUGAGACACCUGAACCUCAGGUCACCUUUUCACCCAUUGAAGCUCCAGCUGAGGUCUGGACUGAAGUGAACACUCUGCGCCUGUUCUACACUGCCCCUAAGGAACCUGAAGUGAAGUAUUUCCUCUUUGCCCUCUCCAGUCGUAGGAAAGCCUACAGUCAUUUCCACUGUCGAAGCAGCAACUUGGAAAUGUCCAGCUGGCUUUAUGGCUGCACUGCAAUGAACGGCUCCAUGUGUGAGCAGGCGGUGGACCUGUCAUGGGGCACGGAGCUACUGCCUUCAUACAAGGCACUGACUGUAAGAGUGAGAGAUCUACCCUCGGUCUCCCAUCUGGUUAUUGCUGCGUCCAACCCCAAUGCCAACCAGUUUGUCAUCGAGUGUGAAUGGCAGAGAGAGGAGUCUCAAACCAUCCCCGUGCCUGUACCUCACGUGCUGUCCUUUGGCCUGACUGUUAGUGAUGUCACCGUCAACUCCUCCGGCCUCAUGCACACCAUCCAGCUGCAGCAUUUCCACCAGGUCUACCAAGCUUUCAGAAUCACUGUCUCCAGCCAGUGCAAGAUGAGCAAAGAGCGCCCAGCCAGCGUGUACAGACUGAAGGUCCCUUGGUUCAGGGAGGACUCCUUCACCACUGCAAGCACGCCCUCCGUAACAGAGAUUUCUGGAAUGCUUCACACGAGCCGUCCUGAUAACACCUCAAGUGCCCUCUUGCUGCUCCACACUGCCCCCAACUGCCAGUAUAAGGUAUCAAUCAGGACUUCUUUCCCCAAAGUACUCGGACAGGUUCUGCGGUUCUGUGGUCCGGUGCUGCCGGUGUACAUGGCGGUGAGCCUGCUGCUGUGUGUGGGGGUGCAGCUGGGCUCUGUGGGCCGGGCCGGGCGGCCAGGGGGCAUGGGCACCGCCAUGAGAAGGGCACUGAGGCCACACACGCUGGAACUGCCCAUAUACCUGCUGCACCUGCUGCUCAGGCAGAGCUGGUUUGAGGAGACAUGGACGUCUCUCGGCCUACCCGCGGUGGACACCCUGCCCGUCACCCCGGCAACAAGCACCACCCACAACGCCACAACGCCAGCGGAGGACUGGCCCCGCCUCCUGGGGCCCCUGCUGUGCCUGCUGGGGGCCACGCUGGCCUUCUGGGGGGCCAUGUUCAUGCGGAUCGGCCUGCGCCUCUUCUCUUUCGUAAUCGCACCCAUGCACAGGCCUAUGGUGUCUCGUGAGUGUGGUACCCUGCUCCUGCGUACCCAGCUACUCCUCAUGGUGGUCCUGGGGGCUCUGGGGGGUGUCACCUGUGGAGCCUUGGCCGUCACCAUGGCCUUCCUGCUACAUCUCUACAGGGUACUCAGGUUGCAGAUGACUGAACGGACAUUACGCUAUGUGCUGAACCUGGCUCCACAGAAGAAGUCCACAGAGACGGAGAACGGCUAUGGGUCCGCAUGCUGCCAGAACGGCCCCAUAACGGAGUGCAAUGGCAAUGGCAAUGGCAGCGGCAGCGGCCCGCUGAAGAGCCAGUCUGCCCUGCAGGAGGUCCGAGAUGACCUGCAGCUGCACCUCAGCCUGUCCGCCCUCCUCACACUACCCACGAUGCUCUGCGCUCCCUCACUCAUACACUGGUCACGCAACCUCAGAUAUGCAGUCCACCUGGAGCUGGACCCCUGCUGGCCUCACACUCUUCCCCUGGUGGCAUCCACCCUACUCCUCAUCAACGCCAACACACACACUCUCCACCACAGUAAAGCCCUCCGACUGACCUGCCGGCUGCUGUUGCCGCUGUGCGUUGCCAUGGUGAUCUUCUCCUCGCUGCACCUGUAUCGAGUCACUCACUUCCUGUCGGCGGCCCUGGGCGCCCUGGCUAUUUCCUGUUACCUCUGACACCACAGCUCCUGACCGUCCACGGUCCAAAACUUAACUCAUUAUGCAGGUAUUCUAAUAGAAAAAACCCAUCCAUGGCAGCCUUAACAGUACAGAACAGUACAGUGUGCAUUGCUGUACUUACACCUCCCGCCCUGAAGAGGGAGCCAGUGACUCCCCAGACACUUCUUCAGAAGACCCAUAAUAGUACCGUGCAGUCUAACCAACGGCGUAUCAACAGGGUACUCCUGUCUUGUUUGUUGUAAGCCGUAGUGUGUGUGUGUGUGUGUGUGUGUGUGUGUGUGUGUGUGUGUGUGUGUGUGUGUGUGUGUGUGUGUGUGUGUGUGUGUGUGUGUGUGUGUGUGUGUGUGUGUGUGUGUGUGUGUGUGUGUGUGUUGUUGUUUAUUGAACCUGCUGCUUCUAGGAUAUGGGGUGUUGUGGGAUUAGAUGUAUGGUGUGUGUGUGUGCGUGUGUCUUUGUUUUUUGCUUUUGCGUGAGUGUGUUUCUUUGGGCUCUGAUGUCACAACAUUCCCAUCUUUUUUUCUAUAACCGACUAGAUAAUUUGUCUGUAUGCAUCGGAUGUUCCGGCUAGUCAGGGAUUUGUUUGUCCUGUCCUUGUAAGACUCCUCCAAGUUUGGCAGAUGAGCAUCCAUCACUGCCUACAUUGUUCCUCUCCACAAAGCAAAUGCUGUGGAAUGGAGCCUCCAUAUCUUUUGUGGAUUCGUUGCCAGUAAGUCUCCUUUUUCCUGACCCCUGAUUGUCAGUCCACAGCCGUGCAAUUUAUUACAAAAAGGGAAAAUGUCUCACAGACUUUGUUUGCGAAAUGCUGCUGUGUAAGAACACUCAUACUUUUUGUAAAUGAGUAUAAAUGUGGGUCAUACAGGGUUACUGCUAAAAACAAAUGAUAGGGCCUCUAAAAAAGAUAUUUGCAAUUAGCUCUUUUCACCAUGACAUCAGACAAGUCCCGUUUAGAAGCGAAGCAGGAUAAUCGACUUUGAGGCAGAAAAAAGCACCAUCUAUACGUAUAUGUACAGUCAUGUACCUGUAUGUCUGUGCCACCGGAUGCAACUUAAACGUGCUUCGAGUGAAUUGAAAUAUGCGGUAUUUGAAGGUGUCUGACCACAUGUGAAAAGAGCCCAUUGUGGCCCCUUGGGGCCCCUCCGAAUUCUCCUACCCCCCCUUGUCUCCUUAGCGGGGCCCUUGUGUGGGUGAAAUAUUCCUACAGUAGGAGACACUUAUUUUUACCAGUUCCACUAGCAAUGCACAUACAGUACCAUACGACUUCAAUGAGACUUCCGAGGUGUUUCGAGAUGAGCCUUUGCAAUGAGCAAUCAUGAUGCAGUCGAGAAAACAUGGUACAAUUGUAACUGUCCCCUACUGGAUUUCUCCACCCAAUGGCUUGCAAGGAAUGCCUGGUGGGUGGUCUGUGUAGGCGGUAAAGGCACAGAGCCAGUGUGACUCCUACGGAAGUGCACUUAGUGUCACUGCGUUGGCCACCAAAUCAGCAAAGCAGCUCUUGUCAGAUCAGUGCCAUAGUUUGCCAGGCUGGCCCCACUCUUGGCAGCCAAAGAGGUGGCCAUAAAUGUCUGUCGACCUCAUAUGGCAAACCAUAGACCGUGGAAGCUGUGGCCCAAGUAACUUUUUUGAAAAAAAAAAAAAAAUCAAAAUUGAAAAUAGGCCUACAGUUCACUUUUUGCUCACAAUGUAGGCCAGUGACAUUAACACCUGUAAUUAUGGCCUUCCGUUGUUCCACUUUUAUUGCGGUCUUAGUGUUAGACCACUAAACAUAGUCGACACGAGUAACGCUAAAAACUGCACGGUGAGGCAGGUAUCUCCUUCAAUGACGAUGCAUGUAAUGCACGUCAAAUAUUAACAAUUCUGCACAUAAUGGUGCCGAAGCGUGGGGAUACCUAGCCUUACAGGAACGCGUAUGUGUCAGAAUGCAUUGACUAUGCAAGCCCCUUCAAACCAACACUUAAUGCAGGCCAGUCACUCAGAUCACAUGUCUGCUAAAUCUAAAUACCUGAGUUGAAAGGCUUACCUUUGCAUUUCGAAGCUUGGAGAGCAUAGCACUAAGUGAUAUCUUGAUUGCCAGCUCUCUCGAUGUAACCAAUUACUGGCCUAGUGUACUGUAAAGGCCACCGCAAAUUACCGCACAAACACAGCAAAAGAGACAAAAGGUACAAAGAGUUGCCGAACUGUUUUCAUAGCACCAACGACAAAAGCAACAUAGUAUGACCGUUUUAAGUAGAAUGCAAACAUUCCGUCAUUCCAAUUAGGUGCUAUGGCUGUCACCAAACCCCAUCAUAGCUCAUUAGCAUCAAAUCGCCUCUUGUCACCCAAAUUGCAUUUGUCUCUUCUGUUGUUAGCCCGUCUGUACAAAGUGAAUUAGCUCUGGUGCCAUUGUCGCUCUUGUCGCCUUUGUUGUGUUCGUGCGGUUAGUGUCGACUAAGUGCAGAGUUCUACUCUGUCAACAUUCGAUUUCAUUUCGCACACUGGCGUCGAUGUCCACCAACGUUGGCUGUUAAUUUACAUUGAGCUCUAUUUUUUCAGAGCCGCUUGUUCGAAUCCAUUGCUAAAUCCACCUACUGCUGCACUCAUUUGCUGCAGUGUGCGGAGACAACCGAAAUUGUCGGGUUUGACAUGGCUCCGCGAUGCUAUUGGAACUGAUGUGCGAUGGCCUUAAGUAGGAAUCACUAAAGGGAACCCUAAAGGUAGUACAGUAAGUACCUAUGAAUACAGAAAGUAUCUAGUAGCAACUGAUGUGAAGCUAUGAACACUCACAUUUGAAAGGGAAUGCCCCCCACAUGUCGUGUUAGAUCCAAUGAGUGAGUGAGUGAGUGACCUUUACAAAAUAUCCAGUUUGGAUUUGUUUCUUAUGAAGACAUGUUAUCUCAUGCUGCCCCCCAACUCCCAAUAUCCCACCCCACCACCUCAUCGGCAAGGUGAUGACACUGAUGAGCACUAGA